UGAUGACGGGUUACAAAAGGCCUCUGGAAGAGAAGGAUCUGUGGUCGCUCAACACAGAGGAUAAGUCUCAAAGAGUGGUGCCACAACUGGUGCGCCGCUGGGACCAAGAAUGCAACAAGGUCAAAAGGCCAGUAGAUAAGACGCUCUACUCCCCAAAAAGAUCAGCAAGGGAAGAAAAGAAGGAUGGACAACCAAUUGAAGAGUCAGAGAUUUUGCUUGUGAAAACCCUUAAAAAAACAGGCGACCCUUCUCUCUUCUGCGCUCUCUGCCGAACCUUUGGACCAUAUUUUCUAGUCAGCUCUCUGUAUAAGAUUGUUCAUGACGUCCUGAUGUUUGUUGGACCGGAGAUUCUUAGGCUACUGAUCCAGUUUGUGAAUGAUUCAAGUGCCCCAGAUUGGCAUGGCUACUUCUACACCACCCUGCUGUUCGUUUGUAACUGCGUGCAAACCCUCAUUCUGCAGAAAUAUUUCCAUGUUUGCUUUGUGACCGGCAUGAGGUUACGUACGGCCAUUGUUGGUGCUGUGUACAGGAAAAGCUCUCAGAGAUUCAAGAAACUGGAAAAAAUGCAUUUGCCAAUGUGA